AUGCGCUUCACCCACCUCAUCCUCCUCGCCUCGACGGCCCUCGCCGCCCCCAACGAGCCCUGCUACGCCAACGGCCAAGCCGGCGUCUGCACAACCGACGCAUCCUGCACCAAAGCAGGCGGCACCACCGUCAAGGGCGCCUGUCCCGCCGACGCCGCCAACAUAAAAUGCUGCUUCAAGCCCAAGUGCAACUUUGGCGCCGCCGGUAACUGUCGCUGGGCGUCCGACUGCGCUGGCAGCUCCGUGGGCAACCUGUGCCCCGGCCCAAGCCAGAUGAAGUGCUGUAACAGCAAGGCUACCGGGUUCGGCGGCUACAAGGCGCCCAAGAUUCCUGCCCUCGGCGCCUGCAAGAAGAGUAGCGUGGAGGGGGCUAAGAAGAUUGUUGCUGCGUUUCCCGGGAGGGUGAGGGAGAUUGGGUGCGUGAGGAGCUGCAAGUGUCCUGGGACUUCGGACCAUUGUUGCGGAUUGGCGACUGAUAUGAUGUGCUCUGAUGCUGGUGGUGUGCCUACGCUCUCGGGCAAAGAGAUUGCUGAAUGGGUCAUGCGCAACCGCAAAACUCUUAAGCUCAAGUACGUUAUUUGGGGUCAAAAGAUUUGGCAUCCCGUCACGGAUAAGAACCAGGAGAAGCCAUGGGAGCAGUGGCGCACCAUGGACAACAGAGGCGACGUAACUCAGAAUCACUGGGACCAUGUCCAUGUGAGCUACAAUGCGUAA